AUGGCCAUCUUCACUGAUUUUAUCUGCAUUUUUGGACUUGUGGGAAAUGGAAUUGUCCUCUGGCUUUUUGGCUUCCGCAUCAAGAGGAAUCCUUUCACCACCUACAUCCUGAACUUGACCAUCUGUGACUUUGGGUUCCUUUUGUUCCUAUUUCUUUUCAAUAUUUUCCCCAUGAUAUACAUCUUUUCUGUACACUUGGAUACUGUCAUUCUUGAUAUUUUGCUUGGAUAUGAUACUUUUCUGAGUCUUCUCUUAUUAAUGUAUAGCAGUGGUCAGUUUCUCUUGACCGCCAUCAGCCUUGACAGGUGUGUGGCAGUCCUUUUCCCAGAUUGGUACUAUUGCCACCGGUCACCAAAUGUGUCCACUACUGUGUGCUCCCUCAUAUGGGUAUUCUUAUUCUUGCUAUGUGGAAUGCAAUUAACCCUGUUAUUUACUGGAAACAACGAUGAUUUUCAUCUAAUGCUAUUCUACCAGUAUUUUGCAAUUUCUUCUAUAUGCCUCCUGCUAAUGACCAUUUCCUCUCUGAUCCUGUUCAUCAAAUUCCACCUUAAAUUACAAACAUGUCAAUAUGGAAAGCUUUUAACAGUCAUCUUACUUACUCUGCUCUUUGCCCUCCUGUUUUCUUUCCUGACCAGUGCCUUUUCAAUUGCCAUGUAUCUUCAGAAGUUCUAG